UCCCGGCAGGGGCGGGGAGGCGCUGCCUCCGCUUCUGCAAAGCUUUGGGGGAGUCGCGAGCUCAGGAGGAGCAGCGGCGGCGGAGAGGAGCCUGUCCGCAUUGUUUAUGUGAUGAACGAGCCUGGCUUCCUGCCGUCUGCUGACAGACACCGCACCGGGGGCCACUCGGGAAGGAGGGAGAAAGCUGCCGCGGUGCAGUGAGUGACCUUGGCCCAGGAGGGGCAAAUUGCUCUGCAAAAGAUUUCUCAACAGACCAAACUAUUGAAUCAUGGCACAAGGAAAUAAUUAUGGACAGAGCAGUAAUGGGGUAGCUGAUGAAUCCCCAAACAUGUUGGUGUACAGAAAGAUGGAGGAUGUCAUAGCACGUAUGCAGGAUGAAAAAAAUGGGAUUCCCAUUCGGACAGUUAAAAGCUUUCUAUCCAAGAUUCCCAGUGUCUUUUCUGGUUCAGACAUUGUUCAGUGGUUAACGAAGAAUUUAUCUAUAGAGGAUCCAGUGGAAGCUCUUCAUUUGGGAACGUUAAUGGCUGCCCAUGGAUAUUUCUUUCCUAUCUCAGACCAUGUUCUAACGUUGAAGGAUGAUGGUACUUUUUACAGGUUCCAAACACCUUAUUUUUGGCCGUCCAAUUGCUGGGAGCCGGAAAACACAGAUUAUGCGGUUUACCUCUGCAAGCGAACAAUGCAAAACAAAGCACGGCUUGAGCUAGCAGACUAUGAAGCAGAGAGCUUGGCCAGGUUACAGCGAGCAUUUGCACGGAAAUGGGAGUUUAUUUUUAUGCAAGCAGAAGCACAAGCAAAAGUGGACAAGAAGAGGGACAAGAUAGAGAGAAAAAUCCUCGAUAGCCAGGAGAGAGCAUUUUGGGAUGUUCACCGGCCAGUGCCUGGAUGUGUAAAUACUACUGAAGUGGAUAUUAAAAAGUCUUCUAGAAUGAAAAAUCCUCACAAAACAAGGAAGUCUGUCUAUGGAUUACAAAAUGACAUUCGAAGUCACAGUCCUACACACACACCAGUGCCAGAAACUAAACCACCCACAGAAGAUGAAUUGCGUCAAGAGAUAAAGUAUUGGCAAAUACAGCUAGAUAGACAUCGAUUAAAAAUGUCAAAAGUUGCAGAAAGUCUGUUAGUUUACACUGAGCAGUAUGUGGAAUAUGACCCAUUUCUUGCACCACCUGAUCCAUCUAACCCCUGGUUGUCAGAUGAUACCACUUUCUGGGAACUAGAAGUAAGUAAAGAGCCAAGCCAGCAAAGGGUAAAACAGUGGGGCUUUGGCAUGGAUGAAGCCCUGAAAGACCCUGUGGGAAGAGAGCAGUUCCUUAAAUUCCUGGAGUCUGAAUUCAGCUCAGAAAACUUGAGAUUCUGGUUAGCAGUAGAAGAUUUAAAAAAGAGACCAAUGCGGGAAGUCCCUGCCAGAGUCCAGGAAAUCUGGCAAGAAUUUCUUGCACCUGGAGCCCCGAGUGCCAUUAAUCUAGAUUCAAAAAGUUAUGAUAAAACCACACAGAAUGUGAAGGAACCAGGCCGGUAUACUUUUGAUGAUGCUCAGGAGCACAUUUACAAAUUGAUGAAAAGUGAUUCAUAUCCUCGUUUUAUACGAUCCAGUGCCUACCAGGAACUACUACAGGCCAAGAAGAAGUUUGGAAACACAAUGGAUCGGCGAACAUCUUUUGAGAAAUUCACACGCAAUGUGGAAUUUAAUUUGGGGCCCUCUCUUGGAGAUUCAUGGAAUUCAAGUUUACAACAUUGGCCUAUUAUCAGCAAGACUCUUCUAUUCUUGGAAGAAUAUUGUUAUCCUCUUGAAUUCCCUGCCUUCAGAAGACAAAGAAAACUGGCUGGCUCAGUGCAAGACUGCCUAAUAUGUUUGUAGAUUGACAGGGGAAAUCGCUCACCUCAAAGAGAUUAACCAGUCUAGUGCAGUCCUACUAAAAGGAUCACCUUGUAGCAUGGAAGCAGACUCAAUCAUUAUACAUACUUUGUAGCUCACUAAUUGCCUGAAAUCAAAGGACAGUAGAACAAGAUGUUGCAUGAGCAAGGACCUGACUUGUUUUCUUUUGUGUAUAUCAAGGCAUUACAGCCGCCAAGGGACUCACUAACCUUUCGAUGCCUCCAUUUUGAAAACUCUCUGCUCACUUUCGCCUUCAUAUCAAGCUGGAUCUGUGUCUUUUUAUUUUCUGCAAGCUCAAGUGAAAAAAGCUUCCGUCAGGCACUGUUUAUUUACAAUACUGUCAGUCACAAACUGGAAGAUGUGUAAAAAAUGAAUAUAUUCAUAACUAUACCUAUGGCAUCACAGCUAUUGCACAAUAAACUAGCACAGAAGGUUUCAUCUCACAGAUGUAUUCACAUUGAGAAAGAAAGCCAGUGUCUUUGUCUGUUGUCUGUACAUUCUAUGUUAAUGUUUCUUGCAUUUAUUUUUAUACCAUAUUUUAAAAAGAACACCUUUUACUCCAAAUGUAUUAAAGUUGAUCCUUCCUCUGUAAAUUUGUGUAUGUUUAUAUUGUUGUUUUAUCUUUCAUUAAAAUAUGCAGAAUCUC